AUGUCUGCCGAUCCUCGGAGGCGACCUGCGCCUGCACAAUCUGCUCCCCCACCACCGCCUCCGCCUCCACCUCCAGCAGAGGCUCAACCAGAUUCAACUGUCCAGAGCUUGGAUGGCACGAGUGACCAGGGCGCAACACAACAAGCCAGCGCUGAAGAGAGCUUCAAGCUGCGCUUCUGUACAGUAUGCGCCAGUAACAACAACAGUGCUCAGAAAUAUCCCACCAUCUCUUUUGGCACUGGCUCGCUAGUCCGCCUGCCUGGUCCUUCCAUCACUCAACCAAAUAUCUACAAUUUCAACAACACAUCUUACGACAGCAUGUACCGCGAACUCGAAGGCAAGGACGCCCGCCUCUACCGUGCGAAUGGUAUCUUACCCAUGCUCGAUCGCAACAGAAACAUCAAAUGGGGUCCUGAACGUUGGCAAGAUUGGAGAAUCGGAUAUCCGCGUGUAGGAAAGAGAUAUGCCAAUGCACCCAUUCCAGGCGACCCCGUCUACACGAAUGACAUGGGUGCCCAAGGAACAGAGUCGGGAACAGUGGAUAUCGUCAUCACUUGCGAAGACCGCUGUUGGGAAGCUGUUGUUGAUGACUUGUUGUCAAGAGGAAGCCCACUCAAUCGUCCUGUCCAUGUCUUCAACGUCGAUAUUAAGGAUAACCACGAAGAAGCAUUGGUAGGAGGAAGAGCCAUUCUCGAGCUCGCAGAUGAGCUCAAUGCUGCUGCGCAGGACGAAAGGAAGAUCCAUGCUGAAAAGACAGGCAGCACUGAGGGCUUCGACAGUGCUACUGGAGGCUCGAGAGAUGGCUUUGAUGCUAGAGUGCCGAUCAUUCUGGGAGAGUGGCAGGAGAGAUGGCCUCAUCUUCCUGCUCUGUGGACGUUGGCAUGGUUUUAG